CACAUGACCAAACUGUUACAAAAGCGACAAAAGGAAGAGGCUGAGAGUAAGUAGUUUAAGUGGUUUGUUGUUAUUAUUGUGAAUUUGUAGGAGUUUUGUUGAAUUGGUUUCAGAUAGAUUUAGUGAAUCGUUGACAAAGAGAUGAUUAGAUACACAAUUCUAACUUUACUCCUGGCGUUCCCAUGUUUAUUUGCGGCCCCACAAGCAGACCUUGUGGUGUCACUGCCAGGAUUGACUAAACAGUUACCAUGGAAACAGUACUCCGGUUACCUGAAAGCUUCUGGCACCAAAAAACUCCAUUACUGGUUUUUAGAGUCAGCUAAUAAACCAGCUACAGAUCCUCUUGUAUUGUGGAUGAAUGGAGGACCAGGUUGUAGUUCUGAUCUAGGUCUUCUAACAGAACAUGGACCUUUUAGGAUAGCAAAGGAUGGAUCUGGUGUAACAAUUAACAAAUACAGCUGGAAUAAUGUAGCUAACAUGUUAUACUUAGAGGCCCCAGCAGGGGUAGGCUACUCGUAUUCUGAUGAUAAAAAUUAUACCACUGAUGAUGAUCAGGUUGCCAGUGACAAUUUCCUCGCUCUUCAAGACUUCUUCUCAAAGUUCCCCGAAUACGCUAACCAUGAUUUUUACGUGACUGGUGAAAGUUACGGUGGUAUUUAUGUACCCACGUUGUCCAGCCGGUUUGUUGAUGCAAAAGCUGCCAACUUUAAAGGAAUGGUGAUCGGGAACGGAAUAUCAAACUUUGAUACAAAUGAUAAUUCCCUGUUGUAUUUUGGAUACUAUCAUGGGCUUCUUGAUGACACUUUAUGGAAUAAGAUGUUGAAUGCAUGUUGUCCAGGGGAGUCAGGGAGACGAUGUCAUUUUGUCAAUGGUUAUCUUGACGAUGAUAAGUGCUCAGAUAUUGUUCAGCAAGGAUUAUCAAUCAUCUACGACACAGGAUUAAACGAAUACAACUUGUAUGCCAAGUGUGAAGUACCAAAGUUUAAAGGCUACAUCUACUCAAAUAAAUCAUUCGUUUACGACCUGCCCAGUUUUGGACACAGAAAACAUCCUCACAUGAUUAAGAAAAUAAAUAGAAUUUUUCAUCCAACUGAUUUAACGGAAAUCAAGUUACGUAAGCAGUAUGAGAAGUCAGUAAGAUUAACUCCCCCUUGUUUAGACUACGGGUAUGUGAUUAGUUACAUGAAUACAGGACCAGUAAGGGCAGCUCUACAUAUCUCACCAUUUGCUCAAGACUGGGAUGUCUGCAGUGCUGUGGUUGGUGGAGGAUAUGUGAGACUGUAUAAUGAUGUUACAAUGUUCUACAGGAAAGUCCUUGAUGCUGGGAAAAAGGUGUUGGUGUAUAAUGGUGAUGUAGACAUGGCGUGUAACUUUCUUGGAGAUGAAUGGUUUGUGGAAGCUCUCAACUUGCCAGUUGUAACAGAACGUAAACCAUGGUAUGUAGAAGAUAGUACAGGAACAAAACAGGUGGCUGGAUUUGUGAAACAGUUCAAACAGUUGACUUUAACCACCAUCAGGGGGGCAGGUCACAUGGUACCUCAGGAUAAGCCAGUGGCUGCUCUGGAAAUGAUCAGCUCAUUUUUACAUGGAUAGUGAUCCAGUUAUCAUCCAGUGAUCCAGUUAUCAUCUAGUGAUCAAAUUAUCUUCUAGUGAUCCAAUAAUCAUCCAGUGAUCCAAUUAUCAUGUAGUGACUAUAUUAUCAUCCAGUGAUUCAAUUAUCAUCAAAUGAUCCAAUUAUCAUCUAGUGAUUGUAUUAUCAUCCAGUGAUCAUCCAGUGAUCUCUUAUUAACUUGCUUUAUUGUUGAUUUCAAUACCACCGCAAAACUUAACGAGAAAUUUACAUUUCCGGCCAUGCUUGUUACUUUAUAUUUACACUAGUGUAGUAUGUAUUGUCAGGAAUAGAAUUCCGUUGCUUUUUAAGUAGAUCUCUGGGAACUUUUUUUUCUUAAAGGAACUCCACUGAGGUCCAUUGGCCUUAAAUAAUAAAUUUUGAAAUUCUUUCUUUAAUCAACUGAUACUAAACUUAAAUGUACAUAUUUUAUUGUAAGUUUUCUUUUUGACAAGUGGGCAAAACAGUGCAUUGAUAUGGUGUAGAGAUUUAUUAGUUUAUACUUUUACACUGAUUCCAGUUUGUUUUUUUUACCUUUUUUCCUGCUGAAUUUAUGUAUUUUGUAAUUGACUUAAUUUAGAACUACCCUUUGCUUAUGUGAGGAAUUUUUUGUAUAAGCAGGUACCUAAUGUGAAGCAGGUACAUGUAACUGGUCAUAUUUUAGGCAAGGGUGGGGGUGGUUGUAGUACCCACCGGAGCACGGCAUUGAGCCACAUUAAAUUUACCAGAGCACAGUUCAACCACUACACUGUUCCUGAGUAAAAUAUCAAGCAGUGUAGCAGUACAAGAUGUCUUUACUUUCACGAGGAACUGUUGACUGGUUACAUUACAUAGUCAGCCUGGUUAUAUACUGGAGGCAUAGACAUGUUCAUAUAUCACAUAUAACAUUAAAAUUAAAGGUGUAGAAUCAGAAUUCUUCUUAUGACACCAAAUAUUCAGUAACAUAACAAAAACAUUAAAUAUAUGAUAUUUAAUAAACAGGUUUUCAUUUUAUGAUUGUUAUUGUUUGAGAAUAUAUAUGAUUCAAUAUAACUUUUGUUUUUGUUACAUGAUUAUUUUAUGAUGUUAUAAUUUGAUGUGUUAUAGAUCUACUGGUUGCUCAAUUAGUCACACUUACUGUAGUUAGACAUCCUGAUACAUUAAUUAAAGGCCCAUUAUGCCCCAGAAAUACAUUUAUGUUUUGUUACUCAGAAUCUUCUCUUUUUUUGGUUUCUUGUUAUAGAUUAAAAAAAAAAAACAACAAAAAAAACCUCAUUGACCAUAUUUUGCAUGUGUCACUCUUUGGGAAUAAGUACAGUUUUAGUGAUUUGUGAAACAUCUAUUUGUUUCUGAGGCAUGAUGCACCUUUAAAUAUAUGUAAUUGUUGUAGAUAAAUCAAAAUAUAUGGUAUUGUUAUACAAAUUAAGGCAAUUUGUCUCAAGUUCAUAAAUUUUUCAUGUAAUACACAAAUCGAGUAAGAAUGUAAAUGACUAAGAGCUAUUAAUAUCUUGUCAAUUUUCAAGUAUAUAUAACAAAUCACAAAUGCAUGUUUAUAAGUUAAAUGCAGGAAAUGUUGAAAUUUGGUGAAAUUUUUCCUGUUAAAAUAUGAUGAAAUAACCUAAUAUACCGUGACUUAGAUAUAUGUUGCCUGUAUAUGAUAUCUUUGUAUAUAUAGAGUUGAAAUCAAAAGUUUUAUGUCCGCCAUAAACACACCGCAAAUCAAACAAAUAUUAUAUUAUUAUUAAGAGGAUAUUUUUUCGUUUGAGUGAAAUAUGGAAUAUAUUUUCACGAAACACGAUAAAAUGCCACAUAUUUUCACGAGCCGGGACAGCGAGUGAAAAUAUGUGGCAUUUUAUCAUGUUGAGUGAAAAUAUAUACCAUAUUUCACGAAAAACGAAAAAAUAACCUUUUUAUUUAAUUUCAUUAUCAAAGAAAAAUGGUUACGAACCCCCUUGCUUGCUACGCAACUGCAAUUGUACAGCGCGCAGUAAUAUAAUUAUUGUCUUGUUUUGCACGCGAUAUUUAGCGCUACAUUGUGACGUCACGUAAACAACUCUUUAAACGUCUGUACAGCGUUAAUGACUGAAUUAAAGAUAUUGGUGUUCGGAUUUAUUUUCUUAGUUAGACCAUUUUCUAUCAUUCUAGAUAGUUUUCAAAUCAAAAUUCAACAAAAAGUUGUUAUUUAUUUAUCAGAUUUUGUAAACAAAAUGGCGAAAGAAGUCCCCUAAAAUAAAUAUGAGUUUUGACUCCGCCCACUUUCAUAUUUAUAUUUCAUAUUUAUUUUUUACAAAUAUGAAAUAUAUUUGACUGAUAUAGCACCAUAUUUCAUGGGUAAAAUUAAAUAAAAUAUUAUAUUUUCAACCAAAUAUUGAGAUAUGUGUGUCAAUUAAAGCCAAAAAAAAGAAUGAUUGGUUAUUUUUAUCAUUGUUGUAGCAAAUUAUUAUCUUCAGUGGCACAUAGAUGUUGUGCUGAAAGUAGCACACUUAUUUUUGCAUUUGAUGUUCACAUCUCAAGAUUUCCUUAUGAAGUCAUUACCAUUGGAUCAUUCAAACUUACUGAAAUUCUUGAGUCUAUAUUGUGCCAUCAGUGCUUUGAUAUAGUAUAGGUAGACAGUAAGUAAUCAUCAUUGUUUUGUUAAUUGUCUGUAUCUCUUCAUUUUUAGCUUUUAUCAGUACAUCAAUAAUUAUGUAUUGUUACCAAGUCAUGGACCCAUUGUAUAUUUAUUUUAUAACAAGUACCUUAGGGUUACAUGUAGGCUUUAAAGAUAGGAAUAAUUUCCAAAAUUUUGUAGCAAAUAUAGUUAUAGAAUUUGCAAUAAUUAUGUUUUAUUUUUUUGCAUUCCAAAGCUUGUUUCUAGAUGUCAUUAUAGAUAUACAUGUAUAUAUAGUUUAAAUAAAAUAUUUUGUUGUAAGAA